GGGGCAGAGGAGGGAGAGCGCGCGCCGAGCGGCAUCCGUUGGUCGGGAGCGCUAACGGUCGCUCUCCGCUGUGAGGGAGCAGCUGAGGCGGCGCUCCCGGGCCUCGCUCCUUGCGGGGUUUCCUCUCGGAAGCCUGCCGCAGCCGAAAGGCCUCUCCCGUGUGCGACAUCCCUGUGGGUUGCGGGGCGAAGCGGCCUCAGCGCCCUGUGCCUACUGGGCUGCCUACUCGCCGUAGCUCAGCUGUCCUUCGUCAUCCCUCGUGCCCUUGUGUGUGAAAAUGAGACUGGAGCCUUCGGGUGGUGGUGGUGACAGCACCACUGAGGGACGAAGGCUGGUCCGUCACGUGAAGUAUUCAUCAUCAGUUGAAAUGUCUUCUAGCAAAACUCCAAAUGAAAAUGAAACGCCCAAAGAGAGAAAUCCAGGACUGAGGGCUGCCCGCACAACCACUCUGUUCCGAGCUGUGAACCCGGAGCUUUUCAUUAAACCCAACAAACCUGUGAUGGCGUUUGGACUCGUAGCAAUUACCCUCUGCGUGGCCUACCUUGGUUAUUUGCAUGCCACAGUGGAGAAUAAAAAGGAUCUCUAUGAAGCGGUUGACAGUGAGGGGUCCAGAUAUACGAGGAGAAAAACUUCCAAGUGGGACUGAUGACAUAAGGAAGGAAAUAAGCAAAUCAGCCGCAGAACUUCUCAAGGCUGAAAACUAUUUUUCCUCUGUCUGUUAAAAUCAUGGUUAAGUCUCUCUUGUGCCUUUUAAUCCAGUAUAAGUUCCAUUAUAAAAUACCAUGGCUGUACAAAUAAAUUGUAAUUAAGAUACAUACAAACAUAAAAUUGAUUUUUUGUCUGUGA